AUGGGUCCCAACUCAGACUCAGGGGCUGUGCUAAGAUAUACUGUGAAACAUAACCCCAAAGCCGUGCAUCGAAUCCAGCUAACCGCAGUCUCGGUCAGAGUCAAAUGGCAUAUUUCAAGAGGUCAUUGUGAAAUUCUUGUAAAUGGGUUCGUUGUCAUGGGGGCCAAACAGGCAUUGAGUGAUGAUGCAUCACCUAUUUUGUUCAUUAUGUCCCUCUCAGCAAAGCGGAUUCGGAACAUUCAUACAACACGGGAUGGAAAAGAACACAGAGAGAGGAUCAUGUAUGAAAGGUGA